AUUCAUAAAUCCCGGUGGAGAGAUGUCUGCCGAGAACUCGAGGGAAGUUGGCCGAAAGCUCAGCCUCGGCUUGGAGGCGUCCGGUCGGAAGGAAGCCCUGGAGCGGCUGAAAGCUACUCGGAAAGGAGAACUUCGUAAUGGUGGUGGUGGGUGCGAGAUUAGGCUGCAAAAGCCUAUUUUCGAUACAAUUGGUGAUGAGGAGUACCAAUCACUUGUUUCCCGACGGCGUGAGGAAGAUCGCGGGUUUGUGGUGGACGAUGGCGAUCUGGGAUAUGUCGACGAGGGUGAGGAGGAGGAUUGGUCGAAGCCCAGUGGUGGAGCAGAGUCGACGGAUGAAUCGGACGAUUGUGGCGGGAGAGUGCAGAGGAGGAGGAAGACUGAGAAGAAGAAGAAGGUAAAUGUGUCGCUUAAGGGUGCGGAUACUAUUACAGGUGAAGGAAGACUUUCUUCAAUGUUCACAUGUUCAAGUUUUAACAAAGGCAAAGAGACUACUGAUAAGGUCAAAUGUUGUGAGAGUAUUCUUGAUGAGGUAUUAGCUGAGUUUACUCCUGAUGAUAUGGAUAGAGAAAGACAUCAUAAGCGAAGGAAACAACAAUCAGCUACAUUGAACAAGAAUAAUCUGGUUCAUGAUUCACCCUCAAUGGAGAAAGAGCAAGUCGUGACAGAAUUUGAAGUCAUCCCUCCAAGUGAUGCCAAUGAGGUAUUUACAUUGAAUGAAGCAAUUGAUAUGAAAGACAAGUACCCGGCUUUAAGCGCCAAUGCUGGUUGGAAAGAAGCCAUGGGCACAGGUGGAACUGAGAAUGAGGUUCCACUUGCUGAAUGCCAAACGGAAGAAUUUGAUUUGGAGGCUGAUGGAUCACUUCUUUUUUACAUUCUUGACGCUUACGAGAAGCCUUUUGACGCUAGUAUGGGUACAAUACAUCUCUUUGGGAAGGUCAAGGUUAGAAAGGAAGAUACGUACAAGAGUUGUUGUGUGGUAGUGAAGAAUAUCCAGAGAUGUGUUUAUGCUAUUCCAAAUGAUUCCAUAUUUCCUUCCCAUGAACUAAUAACGCUCGAGCAAGAGGUGAAAGAGUCUCGACUUUCUCCUGAAUCCUUCCGAGGGAAGUUACAUGAAAUGGCAUCAAAACUGAAGAAGGAAAUUUCUCAGCAAUUGUUAAAACUCAAUGUUUCAAAUUAUAGCAUGGCAAUUGUCAAGAGAAACUAUGCAUUUGACAGGCCUGAUGUUCCUGCUGGCCAACAAUAUGUUUUGAAAAUACAUUAUCCAUUUAAGGAUCCUCCACUUUCAGAAGACCUUAAAGGGGAGUCUUUUUGCGCUGUGCUCGGCUCUCAUACCAGUGCUUUGGAGCUUUUUAUCCUCAAAAGGAAGAUCAUGGGACCUUCUUGGCUCAAAAUUUCAGUCUUUUCUUCACCAUCUCAACGAGUGAGCUGGUGCAAGUCUGAGGUUACUGUUGAAUCUCCCAAGGUUAUCACUGUUUCAAUUCCGAAGGAAAAAACGGUUCAUCCUUCUGCUGUCGUUACAGCCAUUAACUUAAAGACUAUAGUCAAUGAAAAGCAGAACAUCAGCGAAAUUGUUUCUGCGUCUUUUCUCUGCUUUCACAACGCCAAGAUUGAUGUUCCAAUGCCAGGUCCAGAAAGAAAGCGAUCUGGUGUUCUGAGUCAUUUCACUGUUGUCAGGAAUCCUGAAGGAACCAGCUACCCAAUUGGUUGGAAAAAAGAAGUGGCUGACAGAAAUUCAAAGAACGGCUGCAGUGUUUUGAGUUUUGAAAUCAGUGAAAGCGCAUUGCUGACCCGAUUUUUUGAUGAGUUGAACAUUUUGGACAGUGAUGUUCUUGUAGGACAUAAUAUAUCCGGUUUUGAUCUGGAUGUCCUUCUCCAAAGAGCCCAGGCUUGCAAAGUUAAGAGUAGCAUGUGGUCCAAAAUUGGCCGUCUCAAACGCUCUUCCAUGCCUAAGCUUAAAGGGAACACUAAUUUUGGGUCCGGAGCUACACCAGGGCUUAUGUUUUGCAUUGCUGGAAGACUCUUAUGUGAUACAGAUAUAUGUUCUCGUGACUUGUUGAAGCCGCAGGUCAGUUAUUCGUUAACAGACCUUUCAAAGACAGUGCUGAACCGGGACAGGAAAGAGAUAUCGCCUAAUGAUAUUCCCAAAAUGUUUCAGUCAUCUAAAACACUUGUGGAACUUAUUGAAUGUGGUGAGGCAGAUGCAUGGUUAUCCAUGGAGCUCAUGUUUCAUCUAAAUGUUCUUCCUCUCACUCUCCAGCUUACCAACAUAAGUGGCAAUCUCUGGGGGAAAACUCUUCAGGGAGGCAGCGCGCAAAGAAAUGAAUACUACUUACUACAUACAUUCCACUCGAAAAAGUACAUUCUCCCAGACAAAAUAUCGCAACAUAUGAAGGAAAGAAAGUCAUCAAAAAGAAGAAUCAAUCAUGGUCCAGAAGACCACAAUGUAGAUGAUCCGUCUAAGGGCAACAAAACAAAGAAGGGUCCAGCCUACGCUGGUGGAUUGGUCUUGGAGCCAAAGAAAGGCUUAUAUGACAAAUAUGUGUUGCUUCUCGAUUUCAAUAGUCUUUACCCGUCUAUUAUACAGGAAUAUAAUAUCUGUUUCACGACUAUACCACGAUCAGAAGACGGUGUUCCUCGUUUACCUUCUAGUCAGACUCCUGGAAUUCUUCCAAAGUUGAUGGAACAUUUGGUCAGUAUAAGGAAAUGCGUCCUACUAAAGAUGAAGAAGGAAACAGGUCUCAAGUGCCGGGAGCUUGACAUUCGGCAGAAGGCAUUAAAGCUCACAGCGAAUAGUUUGUAUGGAUAUCUUGGGUUUUCUAAUUCAAGAUUCUACGCUAAGCCUUUAGCAGAGCUCAUAACACUACAGGGAAGGGAGAUACUGCAAAGAACUGUGGAUCUUGUCCAGAAUCAUUUAAACCUAGAGGUGAUUUAUGGUGACACAGAUUCAAUCAUGAUUCACACUGGACUAGAUGAUAUCGAAGAGGUCAAAGCCAUUGGAGCUAAAGUCAUCCAAGAGGUCAAUAAGAAGUAUAGAUGUCUGAAGAUUGAACGUGAUUGCAUAUAUAAGAGAAUGCUUCUUCUUAGAAAAAAGAAAUAUGCCGCCAUCAAGUUGCAGUUCAAGGACGGGAAGAUUUUCGAGGACAUUGAUAGGAAAGGUGUGGACAUGGUUCGUCGAGAUUGGAGCUUGCUCUCCAAGGAAAUUGGAGAUUUAUGCUUAGCUAAAAUCUUGUAUGGAGGGUCGUGUGAGGAUGUUGUUGAAGCAAUUCAUAACGAACUUAUAAAGAUAAAAGAGGAAAUGAGAAAUGGGCAAGUUGCACUUGAGAAGUAUGUCAUCACCAAGGCAUUGAGUAAGUCACCAGAAGCUUAUCCAGAUUCCAAAAGCCAACCACACGUUCAGGUCGCACUCAGGAUGAGGCAACGUGGUUAUAAAAAAGGUUUCAGUGCUAAGGAUACCGUACCGUAUAUAAUCUGCUAUGAACAGGGUAGUACUAGCUUAGCAAGCUCAGCAGGGAUUGCCGAACGUGCUAGGCAUCCUGAUGAGGUGAAAUCAGACGACAGCAGAUGGUUGGUUGACAUAGAUUACUACUUGGCACAACAGAUUCAUCCGGUGGUAUCUCGUUUAUGCGCAGAGAUUCAGGGCACUAGUCCUGAGAGGUUAGCUGAGUGUUUAGGACUUGACUCAUCAAAGUAUCGAAGCAGAUCAAACGUUACUACUCGCAGUGAUCCUUCUACAUCCCUCUUGUGUGCUACAAGCUAUGAAGAAAGAUAUAAAAGCUGUGAGCCGUUAGCAUUAGCAUGCCCUAGCUGCUCAGCUGCUUUCAACUGUCCAUCGAUUACUAGCUCAGUUUGUGCGUCGAUCAGUAACAAAUCUGAAACAGAGGAAUCUGAUUCUAUAUUCUGGCUUAAACUGCGUUGCCCGAAAUGCGAAGCAGAAGGUAGCACGAGAAGAAUAUCCCCUGCAAUGAUAGCUAACCAGGUGAAAAGGCAGAUUGAUGGAUUUGUGUCAAUGUACUACAAAGGCAUAAUGAUGUGUGACGAUGAGUCUUGCAAAUACACGACACGCAGCCCCAACUUUCGUCUGCUCGGUGACUGUGAACGGGGAACAGUUUGCCCAAACUAUCCUAACUGUCAUGGAACCCUCUUAAGAAAGUACACUGAAGCAGACUUGUACAGGCAGCUAUCAUGCUUUUGCCACAUCUUAGACACACAAUGCUCUCUAGAAAAGAUGGAUGUUGGUGUCAGAAUUCAAGUAGAGAAAGCAAUGACGAAGAUAAGACCUGCGGUUGAGUCAGCAGCAUCCAUGGCUCGAAGUAUACGAGACCGUGGAGCUUAUGUUGCUCUCUCAAACAUGUAUGCUUCUCAAGGAAACUGGUCAGAGGUUUCAGAGAUGAGGCUGAGAAUGAAGGAGAUUGAUAUAAGGAAAGAUCCCGGGUGUAGUUGGAUCAACAUCGAUGCCGUGCUUCAUGAGUUUCUUGUGGAAUAUGAUUCUCACCAGAGAGCCAAAGAAAUCAACUCAAUGCUCGUCCAUCAAUCUUGAUCAGUUGACAAAAAGGUAAAUGAUGAAUCAAUUCUCAAAACUAUC